GGGGGGGAGGGGGGUGGGAUCGAUCCCUGCCUCCUCUCCAGAGUCUCCACCCACCAGCAGCAACAGCACCUCUCUCGUUAUCCGCCACGUCCCUCGCCAACAACUUCUCACCUCCGCUUUCACUUAUGCCCACCACCGCCCGCACAGAACAACAAUGUCGCACGUAACACUCUACACGCAUCUAAUCCCCAGCACGCCGCCGACCUCUCGCAAGCACAGCCGGAGUUCGUCGGGCGACAGUCCGCCGCGCGGGCUACGGCGGAUCCGCGGCAACAUCGCCGGCGGCGGUGGAGCUCCCAUCUCGACCACCGUCGUCGCUCCCGCCACUCCCGCGCCGAGGAGAGGCUCCGCACACCUGCACCACCCGCGCCAGCUAAGGAGCUCGCCGAAGAGCGCUUUCUUCGAGGAUGAACGAAGGAGAGCAGACGUGUUGAAUGGGACUGCGCUCUUCGCUGAGCAUGAGCCGUUGUCGAGGCCGGACUCGGGCGGAGGUGUGCCGCUGCGAAGUUCGGGAUUGGGAAGGGUCAUUGGUUUCGAGGAGGUGGUCAGACGCGAGGAAGAGCUGGAUGAUACCGACAGUGUCGCGGCUAGUACCGAUGACGAGGAUGAGGGGAUCGCGCUUGACGAUGAGAACGACGAGGAGGACGAGGAAGAGGAGGAAGGAGAGAAGAGGGAGAGGCUCAGGGUCGUCAAGAGGGAUGGGAAGAGGGUUACACCGUGGGCUACGCGCGCGAGCAGUUUUGUUUCCGAGAGGCCGGAUAGCGUGCUCUAUACCACCACCACCACAACCGGAACGACCACCAGCGUGGUUGAUAGGAACGAAGAGCAGGACACCCCGGACGAUAGAGGCCUAAGUGAGCCCGCGAUAUUGGACACGCCCUCCUCUCCCUCGCCCGUUGCCUCUUAUGUCACCUCUCCCGUCGCCUCUCACGACGCCUCUGCCGUCGCCUCUCCAGUACCCUCUCCCGUCCCCUCCCCAGCGCCUUCGAACACCUCCUCCUCCAGCGGCGAUGAAAUCUUCCUCGACGCAGUCGAAACUCCGCUCGUGGAGCCGCCAUCUCCAACCUUCGCCACCACAACAACUACACGCACAGAGGAGGAAACGAAGCGCGUGAUACUGAUCUACUCACCGCCCGCAGACUCCACUGCGCCCACCAUCGCGCCCUCACUAGCCCUCAUCCCCGCCACGCCUCUCGCGCUCUCCUCCAGCGCCGAGAAGGAGAAGCAACUCGGCCACCCCGGUUCCCUCGGAUCCCGUCCGAUCUCGCGUCGCAAUACCGGCAUUCCCACUGCCGGCCGGGCCGAGUCGAUUCCCGAAAACGAAGCACUCGACAGCACCACCACCACCACCGCCGCCGCCGCCACCACUGAAACCAGCGCGCCCACGCGCCCCUCAAUCGCCGGCAUCCCCGAAAAAGUCCGCGAGAGCAAACUGCACCCGUGGUGGCGACCGAAGAACGGCGCAUCCCCCACCUCAUCGGUAGAGGACCUUGCGCUGCCGGAGAACUCGCGGUUCUCCGAGGACCUCGCCCCAACUGCGCGCCCGCAAAUCGCGAGAGCUUCCACAGGGAAUAGAAAUGCGAAGCGCAUCAAGGGCACUAAAUUCGUUAUCGAGUUUGUUGGCUGGAAAAGGAUCGGCGAUGCGGUGCUUGGGAAGAAGCUGAGACGCAGCGGCACGGCGAAGGAGGCCGGGAACAGCGAGCGCGAGCCGCACAGGCCAAAGACUGCUGGUGCCGUCGAGGGUCAUGCACCCAGCAUGAGGACUACGCUGUGAUUUGGUUUGAUUUGAUGAUUCUAGGUUUAUGUUAACUAGCGUGAUGAUUUUGUGUGCGUUUGUGUCUUUGUGAAUUUGCGAUUUCGGUGCGGCGAAUGGAAGUGUUUUUGGAUUUGGGUUUUUAUGGUAUGGC